AUGAUCAACUCGUUGGAGGGGUACUCAAGCGAUGAAGAUCAAGACACUAUUUUUAAAGCUUACAUUGAAGCUUUGAAUGCGGAUCCUGAUCAGUAUAGGCAUCUUUGUGUUGCACUACAUGUAGAUAAGAAAAGUGUUGAUCGUGAGCUUGACAUCUAUCGUGUUCUACUUUCUGGGCAGGUUCAAGUGAAAGAACUGUUAAAAGAAUAUGUUGACAGCAUAUUCUCAAGAUUUCAAAAUUUAACAUAUACACUUUUUUUCACAAGUGUCUGCUGCUCUGAAUUUUGUGAAUUCUUGAAUUAUGGACUCGUCUUCAUUUUUGUUAUCCCUUUCAUCUGCAUCGAGACUCAUGAAAGACGAGGGGUUGUAAACACUCUUGGAUAUGCAAUCAUGGGUGGCAAGCAUCUUCAUGUGGCUGUGAUGAGAAAUCUCUACAGUAUCGUAGUAUACACAAAAGAGUAG